AUGACUGACCGUUUUGGAUUAAAAUGGGACCCCAAAAAUUUAGAAAUUAGAACCAUGUCAGUGGAGAAAACCCUCGAGCCCCUUGUGCUGCAGGUAACAACCCUCGUCAACACGAAGGGGCCCAGUAAAAAGAAAAAGGGCAAGUCAAAACGUGCCAAUGCUCUCGUCAGCACAGUGGAAAAGGCCACUGAGAAUUUCAUCGAGAAAGGCGAGCAAAUCGCCUACGAAAAUCCCGAUAUAACCGAUGAGAUGAUAGCUGCUGUUGAAGAAGUCAGAAAAACUGGCAACGCAAUGAGCAUAGCUGCAAGGGAAUUCUCAGAGGAUCCUUGCUCGUCUUUGAAAAGGGGCAAUAUGGUACGCGCAGCCAGAAAUCUUCUAUCAGCAGUCACGAGACUUCUCAUCCUCGCUGAUAUGGUCGACGUUCAUCUUCUACUACAAUCGCUCCACGUAGUCGAAGACGAUUUGGAAAAACUAAAAAACGCUUCGAGCCACGGGGAACUCCUCGACAAUAUCAAGAACUUCGGUCACAACGCAAACGAACUUAUGAAUCAGGCUGCUAAAAGACAACAGGAACUAAAAGACCCGCAGCUUCGCGACGAUUUGGCCGCCGCCCGAGCGGUACUCAAGAAACAUUCCACGAUGCUUCUAACGGCUUCCAAAGUCUACGUCCGUCACCCCGAACUAGCCGCCGCCAAAGCCAACAGAGACUACGUCUUGAAGCAAGUCUGCGAAGCCGUUAAUACGAUCAACGAUGUCGCGCAGGGCCGGACGCCCCAGCCCGCUUCGGGCCCCUACGACGGACCUGGCGAACUGGCGGCCGCUUUGGACGAUUUCGAUGAUCACAUGGUGAUGGAGCCUCUGGCUUACAACGAGGUCCACACGAGACCAUCGCUCGAGGAGCGUUUGGAGAGCAUCAUCAGCGGUGCCGCUCUAAUGGCUGAUUCCAGUUGCACCAGGGACGAGAGAAGGGAACGUAUCGUUGCUGAAUGCAACGCUGUAAGGCAGGCGUUGCAGGAUUUGUUGUCCGAGUACAUGACGAAUAUGGGUAAGAAGGAUAAGAGCGACAACCUCAACAGGGCCAUCGACAACAUGGGCAGGAAGACCCGCGACCUCAGAAGGCAGCUCAGAAAGGCCGUCGUCGAUCACGUUUCAGACAGCUUCUUGGAGACCAACGUGCCUCUGCUGGUGCUCAUAAAAGCGGCUCAAAACGGCAACGAAAAAGAGGUGGAGGAAUACGCCGUCGUAUUCACCGAACAUUCCAACAAACUGGUCGAAGUAGCCAAUCUCGUCUGCAGCAUGUCGAACAACGAAGACGGCGUGAAGAUGGUUCGAUACGCCGCCGCUCAAAUCGACAAUCUUUGCCCUGAAGUGAUAAACGCAGCUAGAAUAUUAGCGGCGAGAUCUCGCAGCAAAGUCGCCCAAGAAAACAUGGAGGCUUUCAAGCAAUCGUGGGAGAACCAAGUCCGCAUUUUAACCGAAGCAGUCGACGAUAUCACUACAAUCGACGACUUUUUGGCAGUAUCCGAAAACCACAUACUGGAAGACGUCAACAAAUGCGUACUAGCACUCCAAGAAGGCGAUGCUGAUACAUUGGACCGCACAGCCAGCGGCAUCAAAGGCCGAUCGAACAGGGUGUGCAACGUGGUGACGGCCGAAAUGGACAACUACGAGCCGUGCAUCUACACGAAGCGCGUGCUGGAGGCGGUGAAGGUGCUCAACGAUCAGGUGAUGCCGAAGUUCACCCAAAGAGUGCAGGUGGCCGUGCAGGCGUUGGGCAACAGCCCGCCCAAGGAGGUCGACGAGAACGAUUUCAUCGACGCCUCGCGAUUGGUCUACGACGGCGUGAGGGAGAUCAGACGGGCGGUGCUCAUGAAUAGGGCUGAUGAGGAUUUGGAUCCCGAAGACGUGGAACUCGACGAGAAUUACCUCAUCGAGACUAGAAGUAAAUCGAGCGCUCAUACCGGUGAACACGGCGUCGAUGAGUAUCCUGAUAUCAGCGGAAUCACCACUGCUAGGGAAGCUAUGGGUAAGAUGCCCGAAGAGGAUAAGCAGAAGAUAUUGCAGCAAGUGGAGUUCUUCAAGAGCGAGAAGCUGAAGUUCGAUCGCGAGGUGGCCAAAUGGGACGAUACCGGCAACGAUAUCAUCGUAUUGGCCAAACACAUGUGCAUGAUUAUGAUGGAAAUGACCGAUUUUACCAGGGGUAAGGGUCCUCUGAAAACCACCAUGGACGUCAUAAACGCCGCCAAGAAAAUUUCCGAAGCGGGCACGAAAUUGGACAAGUUGACCAGACAGAUAGCCGAUCAGUGUCCGGAAAGUUCAACGAAGAAAGAUUUACUCGCCUAUUUACAGCGCAUUGCCCUUUACUGCCAUCAGAUGAACAUUACUUCUAAAGUCAAAGCGGAUGUCCAGAACAUCAGCGGGGAAUUAAUUGUGUCUGGUCUCGACAGUGCUACAUCGUUGAUACAAGCAGCGAAAAAUUUGAUGAACGCCGUCGUUCUGACGGUGAAAGCUUCGUACGUGGCGUCUACUAAGUAUCCUAGACAAGGAACUGUAGCUUCUCCGAUCGUCGUGUGGAAGAUGAAGGCUCCGGAAAAGAAGCCGCUCGUGAGACCCGAGAAACCCGAGGAAGUUCGUGCCAAAGUGCGCAAGGGUUCGCAGAAGAAAGUGCAGAAUCCGAUACACGCUUUAUCAGAGUUUCAGAGCCCCACGGAGUCCGUGUAA